UUCUGGACUUUCCCACUCUCCUUUUCCAAGCUGCUCAAAAACCCCUUCUUCUUCCUCCUCCUCCUCUAGAGUUAGGGUUAGGGUUAGUGUUACUCAGCUUCUUCUUCAUUUGGUUUUCAAAAUCGGACUAAAAUCCCUAUUCUUAUAUUGUCAUACGGCGUCGUUUAGAGGUCGUUUCGGAUCUCGAUCUGUGGUUCUUGGAAUGAUGGAUACUCGUAAACGAGGCAGGAAUGAAGCUUCUCCCUUUCACUCUAAUGGCGGCUUCAAGAAGAACAAGCAAGAAUUGGACUCCUUAUCAACUGGUGUAGGAAGCAAAUCGAAGCCAUGCACCAAAUUUUUCAGCACCACCGGCUGUCCUUUUGGUGAAAGCUGCCAUUUCUUGCACUAUGUUCCUGGUGGCUACAAUGCUGUGGCUCAGGUGAUGAAUCUUGCACCUCCUCCUCAAUCGUCGAGAAAUUUUGCUGGUCCACCAUCCCAUUCAAAUGGUUCCAGUACACCUUCUGCUAAAACUCGCUUGUGCAACAAGUAUAACUCUGCUGAAGGUUGCAAAUUUGGUGACAAAUGCCAUUUUGCACAUGGUGAGAGGGAACUUGGUAAGCCCUUGUCUCUGUCCUAUGGCCAUGAUGAUCCCCGUGCCAUGGCACCUCCUCCAGGCCGUAUGAGUAGUUGGAUGGAGCCAGGACAUGCACCCCCGCAAGGCCCGGCAUCUAGUUUUGGUGCUUCAUCUACUGCAAAAAUCAGUGUUGAUGCUUCACUCGCAGGAGCCAUUAUUGGGAAGGGUGGUGUAAAUUCAAAGCACAUUUGUCAUCAGACAGGGGCCAAACUUGCGAUUCGGGACCAUGAGUCGGAUCCCAAUCUCAGGAACAUUGAACUUGAAGGAACCUUUGAACAGAUUCAGCAAGCUAGUGCCUUGGUGAGAGAGCUAAUUCAGAGCGUCUUGAUGCCUGGCCCUAACAAAACCCCCGCAAGAGGAGGCCCUGGAGCUCCUGCUCCUCCGGGAAGCAACUAUAGGACAAAACUAUGUGAUAAUUUUGCAAAAGGGACUUGCACCUUUGGAGAAAGAUGCCACUUUGCACAUGGAGCUGCUGAAUUGCGCAAACCUGGAAUGUAAUGGCUCGUUCAUGUGUUCCUUGCAAUCAAUCUUGUAUUAGUGGGCGAGCUAUUCUGAUUUGUCAGUUGUGCACUGCUCAACCUAGUAAGACUAACAAGAUCAUGAUAUUAGAGUUUUUUUGUUUCGGCUUUUUGCUUCCUUUAUUUGGUAUGAUAGCGUGUAGGAAUAAUUGUGCUAUCUAAAUGUGAUUAAAUGGUGCUCACGUUAAACUGGA